AAGUCCGCUGACAGACCUUCAUGUGGAUCAGAGGAGGGAGGAGGACGCAGGAGAGGCUUCACCUUCGAUCAGCUGUUCGUCUCUGGAGUUGUUGUGCGCUUGGAUUAAGUUUGAACCGGAUGCAAAGAAAAAAGAACAAAGUUUUGAACUCCACUGCAAACACUUUCUCACAAGCAAUGCUCUGUUUAGGAGAUUCUACUGACUGCCUGCGGGACCAGAUGCAGUGCAUGAUGAGAUCCUUGCAGGACCUGAAGCAGAUAAGCAGGCCGAGGCCACUGAGUGAACCAUGUGUUCGCUCUUUCGCCGUCACACGCCUCUGCAAACAGAGGGCACAGCAGGAGCGACUCACUCGUCUACGUGUUUCCGACGCCAGUGAGGCCAGCACAUACGACUCUGCCUGCUGCCUGGCCAGUCCGCUGGAGGAGGAGGAGGAGGAGGAGCAGCAGGAGCAUGAACGGCUGGCACAAGGCUCCCCCAGCAGUGAGAAGAGUGCGGACUUUGACUCGGGUUACUCUGAGGCCUCUUGGCAGGAUGAAGGUGUGGUGCUGAGAAGGACCAGAAACGUGCGAGUCUCUUCUUCUGCCUGCCUUCGCACAAACAGAGGACCUUCUGGUCGCAUUCGGCCCAAAUCAACCUCUGAUGCUUGCCUGGAGCGCUGGACUUCAUUUGAGGCCAGUGAUCCGGAGGACUGGACAACUUCACUGCUGAGUCGCAGCAGGAACAGACAACCACUGGUUCUGGGGGACAACAGUUUUGCUGACCUAAUAAAGAACUGGAUGGACCUACCAGACUGUCCUGAGCCAGCAGAACUGAAGCCCAGUGCAGGUCGGCGUCUUGCCAAAGACAUUUUGGGUAACAUGCGGCGGAGGCUGGCAGGGAUGUCUAAAGGUGUGGAGAUGAGGCAGAGGCCAGCAGACACCACAAAGGUCAACAGGGCUGCAGAGGCUCCCAAACGGUUGUCCUGUCCAGUGGGACUCCAAUCUCUCAAACCUUUCUUUCACCAGUCCCACACAGGGCUGCACCAACUGGACACUGACUUCUACCAGUUCACUGCUCUCAUGAAGACAGGCAGUCGACAGCCCAUCAUAUGCAAUGACAUCAUCGGAUACAUUUGAGUAAAGCUGUACCUACGGACUGAUCUUACGCUACAAAUUUCAAUAAGACCAUUCUUUUUUAAUGUUGAUACAUCUGGAACAAAGGUUUCUUGUAUUUAAUGAAAAUAUCUUCUGUUGCUGCUUGAGUGCGGGCAGUGAAAAAUGUUGGAAAUGUAUUAAAAAAAAUGCCAAAAUCUUAA